GCCUGCGCAGUAUGAGCGGGAUGGCGCAUUUUGUUGCACCGAGUAAUGCGGUGUCGCUGGCUCCUGAGGAGGGCGGAGAGUUCUGUGGUGAAGUAGGGGGAGGGAUUCAUGUAAGCAUUAGAAGGAGCCUGGGUCGGAACUAUAAAAGGGGAAGUUGAUGCUGGGUACUGCUACUUCCACGCUGGCGGCGUGAAAGUUGUGAUAUCAUCGUUGAACCCAGAUCAGCUUUAAAAAUUAUAAACAAUGGCGAAGACCCAAGAAACAGUCGAAAGAAUACUUCUAGAACCCUAUAAAUACUUACUACAGUUACCAGGUGGGGACUGGGGUGUUGAACCUAGGACCUUAAGCACUAGAACAUGUGUGUUUAACCAGGUAAACAAGUGAGAACCAAACUUUCCCAGGCGUUUAAUCAUUGGCUAAAAGUUCCGGAAGACAAACUACAGAUUAUCAUUGAAGUGACAGAAAUGUUGCAUAAUGCAAGUUUACUCAUUGAUGAUAUUGAAGACAAUUCCAAACUCCGCCGUGGAUUUCCAGUGGCACACAGCAUCUAUGGAAUUCCAUCUGUCAUCAAUUCUGCAAAUUACGUAUAUUUUCUUGGCCUAGAAAAAGUCUUAACUCUUAAUCAUCCAGAUGCAGUAAAACUUUUUACUCGACAGCUUUUGGAACUCCAUCAGGGACAAGGUCUAGAUAUUUACUGGAGGGAUAAUUAUACCUGUCCCACUGAAGAAGAAUAUAAAGCUAUGGUCCUACAGAAGACGGGUGGACUGUUUGGAUUAGCAGUCGGUCUUAUGCAGUUAUUCUCUGAGUACAGAGAAGAUUUAAAGCCACUGCUUGAUACACUUGGGCUUUUCUUCCAAAUUAGGGAUGAUUAUGCUAAUCUACACUCCAAAGAAUAUAGUGAAAACAAAAGCUUUUGUGAAGAUCUAACAGAGGGAAAGUUUUCAUUUCCUACUAUUCAUGCUAUUUGGUCAAGGCCGGAAAGCACCCAGGUACAGAAUAUCUUGCGCCAGAGAACUGAAAACAUAGAUAUCAAAAAAUACUGUGUACAUUAUCUUGAAAAUGUAGGUUCUUUUGAAUACACUCGGAAUACUCUUAACGAGCUUGAAUCUAAAGCCUAUAAACAAAUCGAUGCAUGUGGGGGGAACCCUGAGCUAGUAGCUUUAAUAAAGCACUUAAGUAAAAUGUUCAAAGAAGAGAAUGAACAACAUUAAGCCAUCCUUGCUUGAUUAGGUUAGGUCCGGUAGUUUGUUUUAGUUGAUAAUUUUUUCGUCUUUUAGCCUAUCACUGUAAAAAAUUUGAACUAUUGGUCUCAAAAACUGCUGAGUAAGGACAAUGUGCGUGAGAUUGUUUCAAUUUAGAACCCUCUGUACAGGUAGUCAUAGUGCAAAGCUGAAGGAUCAAAAGGAGCCACAUUUUCAAUUUCUAACUUCAGUUUCUAAAUUUUUUUUUCCUGGAAGGGUUUCUUGUCGUCAGCUCUGCCACAUGUUCUGCUAAUGGUGUCAAUAAAAAAGAUUUCAGCUUCCAGGAAUUUUUAUCCAGAUACUUCCUGACUGUAUCAUUUGGACAGUUCCUAGUUCAUCUCCCCCCGUUUUAAGCCAAGUUCUUGGAACCAGAUUAUAUGCGAGUUAACCCACAGUCCACAUAAGCUCCAUUUUCUUUCUGAUUGUUGCUACUUAACCUGUAUGAAUCCCCUCCUAAGAAACAUCUUUUCUAAAGUCUUCCAUGGAAAUGGUGACAGUGAUAAGCAGUAAGCACUGUGCUUCUUUUUUUAAAACACUCCCCCCCCCCCUUUUCUUUUCCCCUUCUUUAUUCAGAAAAUUUUCUUUAACCAAGGAGCCUCCACUUAAUGGACUUCCAUGCUACACCAAGUUCUUUCCUUCUUCAAUUUGGAUGGGGGGGGAAGGCACAUGAAAAAAAAAAUCACCUAGGAAAGAACUUUCCUUCCCUGCUUUCAUUCUCUAUUUAAAAUAUUUAUUUAUAGAUUAGAGGCAGGUAUCAAAAGAGACGGGGAUAUAGAGAGAACUACAUCACUGCUUCACCACCCCCAACUCCUCAGGAAGGACCUUUUCAACCAUUUAUAAUUCAUCUUGGUUAGUAAGAGAGAAGUAACUGAUGCUUACAUCAACUACAAAAGCUCAGGGAAAUGCCUUUUUUCUUCCAACCCACAUCAAUAACUUCCCCUCUCCUUUGAAGGCAAUUAGUGCUUGGAGAGAAAGAAAAGUAGGCGUCUUAAACUAUGAUACAAAAGCUCAACCUGGAGGCUGGCAGAAUAAUUCACUUGGAUAGUGCUCAGCUGUGCCAUGGGUAUGACCUAGGAUCAAACCCAAACCUACUGAAGCUUUGAAGGAAGCUUCAGUACUGUUGUCUCUUUCCUUCUCUGUUUCUUUGUCUGUCAAAGGAAAAGAAGGAAGCUGAGCAAGCUUAACCUGAGAGCUAGUAACUAGCUAAAAGUUAGCCAAAGUCUGUGCUAAUCAACUAAUUAGCUUUACGGUGCCUUAACCCUGACAAUCCUUUCUGUGUAGUUUCUAGCCCCAAAGUCCUAAGAAGUAGGGGAAAAAUUCUGUUUCAUAUAUUAGAAGUGUAACUCACAUCUGAAAUUAAAGUGCAUUGCUCACCAACA